GGCCGGGCAAGCAGACGCGGUUGGCGGGGGGGGAUGACAUCUGGAAAGACGGUGACGAAGUUCAGUGCGACGCUGAGGAGGACGACAUCGGUGACGUGUUCCCGUUGCGUGCUCCGAACAUGGGUGGCAGGGGCGGCAGAGGCAGGGCUUCGACGAAUGUUGGGCGGAGGUGGAAGAGGCCGUCGGCGACCUCUGCUGAUGCGGAAGGUGAGGGGGAUGGGGAGGGUGGCCGGAAUUUCUGGUCUGUGGAUCACAUGGUGACCCUCAUAAGGGCGAAGCGGGAUCAGGACGCCCAGCUGCAAGCGGCRGGGCACRCAUUCGCACGGAUGCAGUCGAGGGAGUGGAAAUGGUUGGACGUCCGGGAGAGGUUGCUGAAGGUCRGUGUWKACAGGCGGACAGACAAAUGUGGGAAGAAAUGGRAUAAUCUCAUGCAACAGUUCAAAAAGAUCCACACUUUCAUGGGCAUGUCGGGGAAGGAGGACUUCUUCCAGUUGACGAGUCAGCAAAGGGCAGAGAAAGGAUUCAGCUUCAACAUGGAUCGGGCCGUCUACGAGGAGGUCAAAGGGGCRAAGGARAGRAGCCACACUAUCAGUCCGAGCAAUGUUGCAGACACCGGUGGYGCAGGAGGUGUGCAACUCCCAUCUGCACAGUCGGCGACUCYSAAAUCUGUGGGGGACGGGGAURUCGCUGGAGAUGGCAACGACGAAGACGAUAGCUCAGCGCRUGGGGCCUCACAAAGGACUGGAAGUCCAGCCGGUUUCGGGAAGAGGAAAAACGUGCGGCAGCAGACAUUCGAGGUGCAUGGAGAAGCAUGGGGCGUUGAUGGCAUCGACGAUGGAGAGCGCGAGCAUGAGGCAAUGCGAGGCGAUGGAGAGYGCGAGCAUGAGGCAAUGCGAGGCGAUGAAGAGCGCGAGCAAGUGACAAUGCUCCAUUCAAAUUCGGCAGUCCGUGUGGUUGUCGUCUCUUCGUCAUCGCCAUCAUCGUCGUCUGUCUUCUGGGCGAUGAUGAAUACUCGCUCUGGCAAGGGGAAAAGGGAGAGGGAUUCCCAGAAAACAAAAGCUGCCGGCGUCGUGAAGUGGGGGAGACAUCAGGCGAAGAAGCCCAAGGCAUCAAGCGACUGUGCUCUGGUGAUCGGGAGGUCCGCGCGGGAAGAGUGGGUCACCGAGGCCAGCAGCGGACAGGAUGACGAUUUCGAAUCGGAGGCGGAGACGUUUCAUGGGAGGAAAGCUAUGAAACACCCGCAGACGCAUCCGCGGGGUCGAGCUCGGAUCGCGGACCCAAAUGGGUCUGCAUCCGCGGCCUACCUGGUCCGCACCGCGGACCCGAUUUUACACGAAUUUUCCUGAAUUAAAUAAUAGGUAAAAAACAAAAGAAAAAAUAUGGGGUUGUAGGGAAUUGUAAGCCCUACAACUCCAUAUUUUUUGUUUUUGAAUCCGACUUU